AUGGUUGAAAGUGCAGCAACCCUUUGUCUACGCUAUGCAGUUAGAAGAUACCCUAUUUUUGUCAUGGAAGAUCUGUACCCUUACUUUGUCUUGGUUACCAGUGAAGAAACCAAAUACAGUGCAAGAGAUGAAGCGUUGCGGAGUCGAUCAGGGCGGUCCAUCAUCAAUGGAAACUGGGCAAUUGAUCGACCUGGGAGAUAUGAAGGUGGUGGGACAAUGUUCACUUAUAAACGCCCAAAUGAAAUCUCCAGCACUGCAGGAGAGUCAUUUUUAGCUGAUGGUCCAACAAAUGAAGUCCUUGAUGUCUAUAUGAUACAUCAGCAGCCUAACCCAGGUAUACAUUAUGAGUAUAUCAUUCCAGGAGACAAUGUCAUUAGCCCUCAGUUGCUUGCUCACAGGAGGCCAGGGGAGCCCUUGAAUGGUCAGUUAGGAAUGCCAGAAAGUACAAAUCAUGAGGAUGAGGAGUUGCAUAGGGAGACAGACACUCUUACUGGACAGUCAGCGGGAAGUUUUCAAAAUAUUCAGCCGGGAAGAUUUCCUUCUCAUCAGCCAGAAAACCAGGUGCCUGCUGUGCAACCACCAAGACAAAACCGAGAACACAACUGGAAACAGAUUGGAAAGACUGAGUGUACUGCUACAUGUGGGAAAGGGUCACAGUACCCAGUUUUCCACUGCGUCAACAGAAUCACGCAUGAGGAGGUAUCUGAGAGUUACUGUGACAGCAGCACCAAACCCAUUCCAGAAGAGGAGGCCUGCAACCUCUUCCCAUGUCCAGCUUUCUGGGAUAUAGGGGAGUGGUCUGAGUGCAGCAAAACAUGCGGCCUUGGUAUGCAGCAUCGACAGAUCUUAUGCCGGCAAAUGUAUGCCAAUCGUACCUUGACCGUUCAGCAAUACCGCUGUCAUCACCUGGAGAAACCAGAGACAACCAGCACUUGCCAGCUGAAGAUCUGCAGUGAAUGGCAGAUUAGGACAGAGUGGACCUCAUGUUCAGUGCCUUGUGGAGUGGGGCAGAGGACCAGAGAUGUGAAAUGUGUUAGCAACCUUGGAGACAUUGUUGAUGAUGAGGAAUGUAACAUGAAGCUGCGGCCAAAUGAUAUUGAGAACUGCGACAUGGGUCCUUGUGCUAAGAGCUGGUUCCUUACAGACUGGAGUGACAGGUGUUCCGCAGAAUGCGGUGACGGAGUCCGUACGCGGUCAGUGGUUUGUAUGACGAACCAUGUCAGCAGUUUGCCUCUGGAAGGCUGUGGCAAUAACAGACCCCCUGAAACAACUCCCUGUAAUAACGGACCCUGUGCUGGUAAAUUGGAGUGGUUUGCUGGGGGCUGGACACAGUGCUCUACUGAAUGUGGCAGUGGAACUCAACAGAGAGAAGUCAUUUGUGUUAGGAAAGCUGAAGGUAAUUUUGAUGUUUUGAAUCCCUAUGAAUGUUCAUAUUUGGAAAAACCUCCCAGCCAGCAAUCCUGCUACCUCAAACCAUGUGGAUCUAAGUGGUUUCAUACAGAAUGGAGCACAUGUUCCAAAUCCUGUGAAGGAGGAUUUCGUGUUCGAGAGGUACGAUGUCUAUCAGAUGACAUGACAGCCAGCAGUCACUGUGAUCCACAGCUUAAACCUGAAGAAAAGGAACCAUGCAACACACAAGAUUGUAUCCCUGAAAUAGAUGAGAACUGCAAAGAUAAAUACUACAAUUGCAAUGUGGUGGUCCAGGCCCGGCUCUGUGUCUACACCUAUUACAAAACAGCCUGUUGUGCAUCCUGUACACGUGUGGCAAACAGACAAUCAGGGUUUCUAGGACGUAGAUAACAAAUACUCUUCUACUCAAAGCAGCAAUGUCAGUCUUCAGAUGGAGCUUGAACAGUGUUACUGUUUUGACUACAGCAGCUUUUUGCUUCUUAGAGAUGGUUUUUAAUAUUGAUGAGUACAUCAAGACUAUGGUUACAUCUCACACCCUUUCAGUUACAGUUCUUGUGCAGUUAUCUUUUUAAAAUGUUUGUUGUAAAACCAUGAUCUUUUUAAAGCAUUAAUUUUUAAUGAUACUAUUCUUUGCACCUGCUCAUCAG